CGCUUGUCAUCAUGGCGACGCGGGGCCAUGUGCAGGACCCCAACGACAGGCGCCUCCGGCCCAUCUACGAUUAUCUCGAUAAUGGCAAUAAUAAAAUGGCAAUCCAACAAGCGGAUAAACUGCUGAAAAAACAUAAGGAUCUUCACUGUGCUAAGGUUUUGAAGGCAAUUGGUUUGCAGAGGACUGGAAAACAAGAUGAAGCGUUUGCUUUGGCAAAAGAAGUUGCUGCCCUGGAGCCCACUGACGAUAAUUCUCUACAAGCGUUAACUAUUCUCUACCGGGAAAUGCAUCGACCGGAGCUGGUAACUAAGCUUUACGAAGCUGCUGUGAAGAAGGUUCCUAACAGUGAAGAAUAUCAUUCUCACCUUUUUAUGGCCUAUGCCAGAGUUGGUGAAUAUAAGAAAAUGCAACAGGCUGGAAUGGCACUUUACAAGAUUGUACCCAAAAACCCGUACUAUUUUUGGUCUGUGAUGAGCUUAAUUAUGCAGUCAAUUUCUGCACAGGAUGAAAAUCUCUCCAAAACCAUGUUUUUGCCUCUUGCUGAGAGAAUGGUGGAAAAAAUGGUGAAGGAAGACAAAAUAGAGGCGGAAGCUGAAGUUGAACUGUAUUAUAUGAUCCUGGAACGUUUGGGAAAGUACCAGGAAGCCUUGGAUGUUGUCAGAGGAAAACUAGGAGAAAAAUUGAUAAGUGAGCUGCAGAGUCGAGAGAAUAAAUGUAUGACGAUGUACAAGAAGCUGAAAAAGUGGCCAGAGUGUAACGCGCUAUCCCGACGGCUUUUACUCAGAAACUCAGAUGAUUGGCAGUUCUACCUGACUUAUUUUGACUCUGUCUUUCAAUUAAUUGAUGAGGCCUGGGCACCUCCUGCAGAAGGAGAACAUUCCUUGGAAGGAGAUGUUCAUUAUUCCGCCGAGGAAGCUGUGAAGUUCAUCGAAGAUAGGAUAACUGAAGAAUCGAAGAGCUCUCGGCACCUUCGGGGACCACAUCUAGCCAAAUUGGAGCUCAUCAGACGCUUGCGAUGCCAGGGAUGGAAUGACGAAUACAAACUAGGUAAUCCAGAAGAGUUAAUGUUCCAGUACUUUAAAAAGUUUGGGGACAAACCUUGCUGUUUUACCGACCUCAAAGUAUUUGUUGAUCUCUUGCCCUCCACAGAGUGUACCAAGUUCAUCAAUCAAUUACUCGGAGUUGUGCCUUUGUCAGCACCAAAAGAGGACAAGCCAGCUCUGCCGGCUGACAUCAAAGCCCUCCAACAACAUUUAUGUGUGGUGCAACUAACAAGAUUAUUAGGCCUUUAUCACACCAUGGAUAAGAACCAGCAGCUGACGGUAGUCCGAGAGUUGAUGUUAAGAUACCAGCAUGGGCUAGAGUUUGGGAAAUCCUGUUUGAAAACAGAAUUGCAGUUUUCAGAUUACUACUGUCUACUUGCAGUCCACAUACUUAUUGAUAUGUGGCUAGAAGCAGGGGAAGAGAGAGCAGCGUGGCAGGCCCUCUUAUUACUAGAAGAGGGAUUAACCCACAGUCCUUCCAAUGCCCAGUUCAAAUUGCUGCUUGUUCGAAUCUACUGCCUUCUGGGUGCAUUUGAGCCAGUCAUGGAUCUCUAUUCCAGUCUUGAUGCAAAACAUAUACAGCAUGACACCAUUGGUUAUCUUCUGACCCGAUAUGCUGAGCCAUUAGGUCAGUAUGCUGCUGCAUCCCAGUCAUGUAACUUUGCCCUCAGGUUUUUCCACUCCAACCAGAAAGAUACCUCAGAAUACAUUAUUCAAGCCUACAAAUAUGGAGCAUUUGAGAAGAUCCCAGAAUUUAUUGCAUUUAGGAACAGACUGAAUAGCUCCCUGCACUUUGCCCAAGUUCGAACUGAACGGAUGUUGUUAGACCUCCUACUUGAAGCAAAUAUAUCAACCAGCUUAGAGGAAAGUAUAAAGUCCAUGAGCCUGAAUCCCGAAGAAGAUGACAUUCCAUGGAAAGAUCUGCGGGAUAACCGAGACUUAAAUGUUUUCUUUAGUUGGAAUCCCAGAGACAGGGAUAUUUCCGAAGACCAUAAAAAGCUCUCCUUGGAGGAGGAAACUAUCUGGUUGAGAAUCCGCUCCUUAACAUUAAGGCUGGUCAGUGGACUCCCAAGCCUUAGACACGCUGUUGAGCCAAAAAACUCAGAAAAGACGACAGAAAAUGGAGUCUCCUCCAGGAUAGAUACUAUUCGUUCACUCCUUCAACAACUAGAAGCGGCACUGGAUGCAGGAAAGAAAUUUGUUGAGCGGAAAAUUCAGUAUCCUUUCCUCGGUCCUCUUCCCACCCGAAUGGCUGGCUUCUUUAGCAGUGGCAGUCGUCAGUGCCAGAUCAGCUCCUUUUAUCUUCUUGUUGAUAUGCAUGAACUCGAUACCAAUGGCUUAGAGGAUACAUCAGAGAUCCAAGAGAGGAUAGGAAAUCAAUUUAAGUCUUUACUAGAACAAUUAAAGGAGGUUUUCAAUAAAUGUAAAGGUGAUUUGAUGGAAGUGAAAGAUGGCAGCUUGAAGACCUACCCUAACACUUUAGAAAACUUAGUCUUCUUUGUCGAGACUAUCUCCAUUGUCCUGUGGGUAUCAAGCUACUGUGACAGUGUCCUACGACCUUACAAAAUAAAUUUACAGAAAAAGAAAAAGAAGAAAAAAGAAAUCAGCGUUAUUAUGCCACCCAUCUUUACCAGUUUUCAGGACUAUGUGACUGGACUUCAGAUGUUAAUUUCCAACGUUGUGGAUCAUAUCAAAGGGCUUGAAAUACUUCUGACUGCACUUAAGCUUGAAGAACUGAUCUUAGAAGAUAUUUUGGUUUCACAGGAAGAGAGAAGAUUUACAAAAACUGUGCAGGGCAAAGUGCAGAGCAGUUACCAGCACUCGCUUCAGGAAAUUGGGGAGCUGCUGAAAAAGAGACUUGAGACCAUAAACAAACUAAAAGUUUAAGGAAGUAAACCAUAGACCUGAAAGACUCCACAAGGAAAGUGACACCAUACUCCAGUACUCCAGGCAAAAGCAACAUUGGGUUGGCCAUCACCUUAAUCCAGAACUUCCUCGUAAAAUGCAUGAAGGACUUGAUUGUGAAUUCAUUUUUUAGGUAUUAAAUAUAUCCAGCUGAUUUAAAUUAUUGUACAUAAGCCGGAAGCAGAACCCUCAUCUGGGUUUGACCACUUUUUAUACAUGUUCAUAAGCGUAUGGCAGCAACAAGAAAACCACCACUCUCUUCCCUUCCAUCUCCACAAACUUUUGGGGGAUGAUAUUCAGAGCAGCAAUAGAAAUCCAGCAUUCAGCAUCCACCUCACAGCAGCUGGGUGGUCUUCACCAAACAGUGUUGGUUAUUUGGAUACAGACCUUGCCUUAGAGCCAAAAGUAGAGACCCUCCCACUUACAAUGGACCUUCCAACAGUUCCUCUGACACCGAAGCAGGCCAUUUCUGGGACUGUUCAACCAGCCGCUUAGCCUCUUCUGGGUCCAAGGUGCCUGGCCAUGAUACAGCUGUGAUCUCAGAUUGGUUUGCCCAUCAUUUCAGUGCCCUUUUGCCUGCCUUUCCAAACUCAUCCUACAAGUGAGUCAUGUCACUUCGGAGCAUGUUAAUUUUGCUUAGCUCAAAUCUCCUGGCCCCCUCUCCCUUCAGUUGUGAAUCAGGAAAAGGGGAGUAGGGAAGGCACCUGUUUAUUUGUAGCUGUUCAGUGUGGGAAAAGUAGCACAAAAAUCACAAGCCUGCUGGAAGACUGACUCGAUCUUUUCGUGAGUUUUGGAGAGUCAGGAAUGGCUUUCAAAAGAAAAGAGGGAUGAUAAUGUACAUACUUUGCGCAGUGGAGUCUGACAUCACUGGCACUGAUUUCCAGAGUCACGUGAAAACGGUUCACAAGUUUAAAAGAAAUACAUGUAGGUGCUUGAAACUUUAGAAGAUUUAGUACUUUAGUCUUUUAAAUGGAAGGGAGAGAGUCUUAAAGACUUUCCAAGAUUUUAAAUUGGAAGAAACUGCUUCCUGUGUGAUAUGAAACUGAAAAUGCUCCAUUCUCUGUACACUUGUUCGAUUGCAACUAAUUUUCCUUUGGAUGAUAAAGUACAGGAGGAGUUACUGAUGUUGUUUGUAGCACAGUCAUUGCUUCAUCCGUACCCUGAAAUUUUUUUUUUGUUUUGUAGAAGGAUUAAAUAACCUUGCAGAAUUACUAGCAUUUUCCCCUUAAGUUUUACGGGACCCUUGAGACUUUCAGAAUCUAAUACAAAGUGACUAGUUAAAACUUUUUAAGAAAGUUGAAAAUUGUCACCCUCUCCGUGUACGUCUUGUUGUAUGUGCUAGAGUAUUGACCAGAGUAUUUUUUUAAGUGGAAAAAAAAAAAAUGCCCAUGGCAGCUCCCACUGGCCCCAUCUCAAAAAGGAAGAAUAACUGUGGGGGAAAUUGGAGUAGAUGCGCAUAUAGUUUUAGUGUUUUGGGGAUUUGUGUGUGUGCAUGCGUGGGGGGGGGUGUGGGUGUGUGUGUGUGUGUGUGUGGGCCUGGCGUGCCAUCUUCCCUGAACAUAUCCAAGUUAUCUAUAUAUAAAUACCUUGGGAAAGAGGAAUGAAGAGAGACGGGGAUCAAUCUAGCAUGCAUAUUAUCCUUCAGCUUCUGAUCCUUGGGGCAUUUGGUGGUUGUCACAAAUUCUUCAACCAGUUUUUGCUUCCUGGCGGCAGCUCCCUUCUGACAGUUUAGUGUCAAAUAAUGUUACUUUGGGGUUAUACUUUCUUUUUUUCUCACUGACUUUCUACUAACUGUAGCAUUGAAAUCAGAUUAAAUUUCUUAUAUUGUGUAAUGGAACCAAAUUGUGUGCAAAAAUGGCCAAUGUCCCAUCAAUUCCCUAUAAAUUAUGUACAGUCUAGGAGAUAUAUACAUAUAUAUAGAUAUAUAAGUAUAUAUAUCUACGUCCUACAUGAGUAAAGGUCUCUCCCUUCGCCAACAUACACACACCAUUGUGUUUGAAGAGAAAUCCCAAAUAAUACAUUGCUGCUGCUGUUCGUUUUUUUUGUCGUCGUUUUGUUUUUUAGUGAAUUGACAUUUAAAACAAAAACCAAGAAAAGAAGGAUGAGAAAAAAUGAACAAGACUACUGUUUACAGACUGAAAAAUUAUUGCUUUUAUACUACUGGGAUCAUGAGCAAUGAUCCUCUGAAGCAGACAUGUAUUAGUUUGAAUUGUUUAGCUGACGUGGAUAAAGAAGGGAGAAAUUCUUUGAUUUCUCCACAGAAAGGAAAGAGGAUGGUGCCUAGCUGUGUUGCCCAUUAAUUUUGUAUCUCUUAGCAAUUUUAACUGUUCAAAAUUGCAUUAUAUUUUGCAAUCAUUAUGAUAAAUCUGAAUUUGUGUUAACUUUUAAUAUAAAAAGAUUUCAUUGUGU